AUGAGGAGUCCCAGAUUCUUCAUCAACGCCCGGUCGCGGUUUUCCCAAAUCUGGACCCUACGAACUCGACAAUAUCAAUAUGCGCCAUUGCCGUCAGCGACCUCUAUACGUCUCUUGGAACUGUCUCCUUCGGACGAUAGUAAAGUAUCAUGCUCGUUAAGAGCCUUUGAGCUUAGAGAUGCCCCGCCGUUCGACGCUCUAAGCUAUACUUGGGGAAACCCCUUACCUCAGCUCUCACGGGCUUCAUUACCAGCCUCAAAGGGACGAAGGCCAACAACAACAUCAAAUAGCCUGUCUCGCCCGCCGUAUUCCUCGAAGAAAAUAGAACUAGCAAACGCUCCUGAGGAUUCCGGACGAAUUCGCCGUUAUCCCAUCAUCUGCGACGAUUCCAGCAUCUUUGUCACAGCAAAUCUCAAAGAUGCCCUCCAAAUGCUCUGCAAGUCUCUUGGCUCAACUGAGAGAAUUACCGAGUCUCGUUAUCUUUGGAUUGAUGCUAUAUGUGUUGAUCAGAAAAACAUCCUCGAGCGGAACCUUCAGGUCGCCCUCAUGGCAGAAACGUUCAAAGCUGCUCAAAAAGUGAUAGUAUGGCUUGGGAAAGAGGAUGAAUUUACAUCUGAUGCAUUAACUGUAAUCAACGCUAUAUCAACGAUCCCCGAACCCCACUGGGCUUCCGCAAGCUACACGAGUUUUUAUGCAGACGAGGGAUGCCUCAAAGAGCUUGGUAUCUCGCACCUAUCCAUUUUCAAUUGGCUUGGAUUCAUCGCAUUCAUCAACCGACCAUGGUUCAAAAGGGCAUGGGUUGUCCAAGAGAUUGCUCUAGCUAAAACCGCGGUUCUUGUAUGUGGUCAAAAUACCCUUCCAUGGGACAAGCUCUCCAAAACUUUAGCUUUUAUCAAAAAGAGCCGAUGGUACCAUCAUCUGUCGACCGAGAAGCUGAGACAUGUUGCCACUGUCAGAGAGACACCAGGGGUGUAUAAGAACUUAUUGAAGUCAAAGGCAGAAGUUGACAUGUCAUCGUUCUAUCUAGAUCGGACGCGGAUACAGGUAGCUGCUUCAGGCCGGUUCGUACCGCAUUCGGCCGUUCGACGACGAAAACCAUCACUUCGCGUUCUUCUCGACACGCAUCGAUUCUCCGGGUCUACCGAUGCGAGGGAUAAAGUCUACGCGUUUCUCGGACUCGCGGACAGGAAGGCGUUCCCAUUCAAUACCCAGCCAAAAGCCCUAGCCGCGGACUACAAGCUAACAGUACAGCAAGUGUACACUGAAACUGUACGAGCGCUCUUGAUAGCAAACAAAGACCUGGAUAUUCUAUGCCACAAAGAAGAUCGCUCCCGGACCAAGAUACCAAGCCUUCCAUCAUGGGUGCCGGACUACUCUGUCGCCAUAAAGCCAUAUCCUCUCAAGUUUCGAGGAGUUGUGCAAAUGAAACUUUGGAAAGCUUCCGGCAAGCUCUCAUGGGCACCAGACAUGGCUGCAAUGAACAAUGGCCUACUCCCCGUUCAAGGCUAUUUACUAGAUGUAAUCGAUAAUGCUUCCAUUAUGCGAGAAGAAUCACAAGAUCCCGUCGCACCUUGGGCCAGCAUCGUUAGGCUAGCACUCGGACUGGACGACUAUUAUCGAAUCUGUCGACUCAACUAUCGGCAAAUUUCACGCGUCGAGGUUCUCUGGAGGACUUUGACUACGAACACUUACGCACGCCAGCACCCGGCUCCAACUAGGGCCGGGGAGAUGUUUGUUGAUUAUAUCUUAAAUCUGCAAAUACGACACAGAUUGACGCCCUGGUCCAGCGACAUUGACUUUCAGCCUCAGCAUAAUCCUCUUUCUGCUUCAAUAUACCCCGAAUGGCAUGCGCUGCUCUCAGCUGAGCCCGAGGGAUCACCUUACAAUAUUGGAGCAUACAAGCAGCGGUUGACAUCUGUCGUAGAGAGCAUGUUCAACGGGACGUAUUCUCCCAUCGGGCUUGCACAACUCCAGCACGAGCUUGAUAAUGGCGGGGGAACCAUGCGCCGUUUAUUCAAGACUCAUACUAAGUUCCUUGGCACCGGACCGCGCUCUCUUCAACUGGGCGAUGAGCUAUGGGUACUCGCAGGAGCGCCAGUCCCAUUUGUUUUGCGUCGGCUUCCCAACGGCAACCAUCAGCUUGUUGGCGAAGCAUAUGUGUACGGCCUGAUGCACGGCGAGGCGCUUGAGAUGGGUCUCAGUCUUGAAAAAACGACCUUGGAAUGA